AUGCCAGCGGCGGGGGGCGAGGGGGAAGAGGGCCCCGGCGGGGAGAGCGCGGGGACCGGAGGGGGCCCGGCCGGGGAGCAAGCCGGCCCCGGCCCCCCGAAGCUCUGCGGGUAUCUGCAGAAGCUGUCGGGUAAGGGCCCCCUGCGCGGCUUCCGCAGCCGCUGGUUCGUCUUCGACCCCCGGCGCUGCUACCUCUACUACUUCAAGGGGCCGCAGGAGGCGCUGCCCCUUGGGCACCUCGACAUCGCCUCCGCCUGCUUCAGCUACCACCAGCCCGAGGCCGGCGCCGCGGGCGUGGGGGACGAGGCCGCCGCCUUCGAGGUGCACAGCCCCAACGGCGCCGUGGCCGUGCUGAAGGCUGCAACUCGUCAGGAUAUGACAUACUGGCUUCAGGAACUUCAGCAGAAGAGGUGGGAAUAUUGCAACAACCUUGACGCAGCAAAAAGAGACAGCAGGACUUCCCCUACCCCCAGUGACUUUUCCAAAGGUCUUGUUGCCAAAGACAGCCCUGAUUUGAGUAUCCUAAGUCAAAAUGCUUCGGCAGAGAGAGCUAGAAAUAUUCUAGCUGUGGAGACUUCUCCUACAGACCUGGUGGGGGAACAAGCAGCUUCCCAACCUGCUCCAGUCCAGCCAAGUGCCAUCAAUUUCUCCCUUAAGCAAUGGAGCACGGAACUCAAGAAUUCCAUGUCCUCUUUAAGAAAAGGAAGUAACGAAAAUCGCAAGAGCAUAUUUUAUACCUCUGAAGAGUGGGAAUUGCUGGAUCCAUCCCCAAAAGAUUUGGAGGACUCAAUGGCCCUGGAGGAAAAGAGGAAACACCUGGCAGAAGGAAGUAAAGGUCUGACUGGUUCAGCUUUUCCAUUUGAUUUUGGUCGCAUUCCACACAAACCAAGGCGCCCCUUGAAGGACAUGAUCGGGUCAGGCAAAAACCGCAACAGCAGCGACGCUUCUCCAACAGAGUGGUGUUCUGGGAAUGGCAACAAACUGGUCUCUGAACUGCAGCUGAAGUACCAGAGCCAGCAAGAAGAGUUGGAAAAGCUGAAGAAAGACCUUUUGAGCCAAAAGGAGCUGGUGCGCCUUCUGCAGCAAAACUCCCGGUCAUCCCAGUAUGAUAAAUACUUCCCAAGCCGUCUUUGUGAGGGGAUUCCCAAAGACAAACUAGAGCUUUUGCACCAAAAGGAUGACCAGAUUUUGGGUCUCAACAACCAGCUGGAAAGGUUAAACCUGGAAAAAGAUAAUCUCCAGCAGGAAGUCAAGAAUCUGAAAUACAAAGUUGGAGAACUGAAUGAGCAGCUGGGCAUGCUGAUGGAAACGAUUCAGGCUAAAGAUGAAGUCAUCAUGAAGCUGUCUCGUCAGCUCAGUGAGUGUGAGGACACUACAUCUUCUCAAAGUGGAGCUGUAAAUUCUUCUGGGACCACCUGUACUAGUAAGGAACUGCAGGAACUGGACAGACUAAAAGACAAUCUUCAGGGUUACAAGACCCAGAAUAAGUUUUUAAACAAGGAGAUUUUGGAACUUUCAGCUCUACGAAGAAAUGCAGAAGCGAGAGAGAGAGAAUGGCAGGCAAAGUAUACUAGCUUGGAAGCCAAACUCUGUCAGAUAGAAAGUAAAUACUUGAUCCUGCUUCAAGAAAUGAAAACUCCUGUUUGUUCUGAGGAGCAGAGUCCUGCUCGUGAGGUCAUCACACAGUUACUGGAAGAUGCCUUGAAGGCAGAAACCAGUGAACAACCAGAACAAGCCUUCUUCAAACCACACCUGGUCAGUGAAUACGAUAUAUAUGGUUUUCAGACUGUCCCAGAGGAUGAUGAGGAGGAGAAACUUGUAGCAAAAUCACGAGCUUUGGACCUGAAGUCACUUUCUCUCAGUGAAAAUCGAGAGAUCUCAGCGGGAGUAAAAUGGGAAAACUAUCUGGCAAGCACAAUGAACAGAGAGAUGAUGUGCUGUGUGGAGCUGAAGAACCUGAUCCGCUCUGGAAUCCCCCAUGAGCACCGUUCCAAGAUGUGGAAGUGGUGUGUCAAUCUCCAUGUGAAAAAGUUCAAGGACAGUGCUGUUCCUGGCUACUUCCAAACCUUGCUUCAAAACGCUCUGGAAAAGCAAAAUCCGGCGUCCAAACAAAUCGAGUUGGAUCUCUUGAGGACUUUGCCCAACAACAAACAUUAUUCCUCCCCAACAUCUGAGGGGAUCCAGAAGCUGAGAAAUGUGCUGCUGGCCUUCUCGUGGAGAAAUCCUGAUAUAGGAUAUUGCCAAGGGCUCAACAGAUUGGUAGCAAUUGCCCUUCUGUACUUGGAACAGGAAGAUGCUUUUUGGUGUCUGGUAACAAUAGUGGAAGUUUUCAUGCCUCGUGACUACUACACGAAGACACUGCUGGGCUCUCAGGUUGAUCAGCGAGUAUUCAAGGAUUUAAUGAGUGAGAAGCUUCCCCGACUGCAUGCUCAUUUUGAACAGUACAAAGUUGACUACACCCUCAUCACUUUCAACUGGUUUCUGGUGGUAUUUGUGGACAGCGUGGUUAGUGACAUCCUUUUUAAAAUCUGGGACUCCUUCCUAUACGAGGGACCAAAGGUAAUAUUCCGAUUUGCCCUGGCACUUUUUAAGUACAAAGAAGAGGAAAUCCUAAAGCUGCAGGAUUCCAUGUCCAUUUUCAAGUACCUUCGCUACUUCACUCGCACGAUACUUGAUGCUCGGAAACUGACUGGAAUUGCUUUUGGAGACCUGAACCCUUUCCCACUACGUCAGAUCAGGAACCGGAGGACGUAUCACCUGGAGAAAGUGAGGCUGGAGCUGACUGAGCUGGAAGCCAUCCGUGAGGAUUUCCUGCGGGAACGGGACACGUGUGUAGAAAAAAGAGACCUUAUUAGUGAUGAUGAGGAGGACAGCUGAGAGUACUUAAUGUCAGCUUUUCUUUGGGAUCAUGACCAAAGUUGAGUUAAUCUCCAAAACACUUUAUUAAUCCUGUCAAACAGAAUGUAAACUUAGUUGCCUUUGGAAAUAUGCAGGACAGAUUUCCAAACCCCAGCACUUUCAGAAAAAUUGCUUUGUAUGGAGGCCAAACACUUCUGUUUACAUUUAUGUUCAUGGAAUUGUAUGUAGAGCACUUAAAAUCCCUCUCGGUUGAGUCCAGCAGCUGAAUUGCCAUUUGUUUUCCUGCAGUGCACUGCUAAUGCCUGGUGUGAAACCCACCUGACAAAAGUCCACCCUCUGUUUACUGCAUGUGUUUCCACUCUGUGUGGGUUUUUUUAUGUAAUUAUGUCUUUUGUAGCACAGGUUCAGUGCGGGAGGGCAUCAUGUGUUGGUUCCUGGCUGGUUGAAGGAAUGGCUUUCAUCAUGUUGUCUUUGAAUAAGCUAGCUGGCUUUGAGGUCACAAACUAGAAAAGUGUAAAAUGAAGCACAGGAAGAACUUGUACAUUCCUUUGUCUUUCCCUGAAGUGGCAUGAAAUGGAUCAUCAAACAGAACACUUGAAUACAUGUACAUGAGUAAAGGUAAAGUAAGUCCUUAACAUGUCACUGGAUGUUCAGUGUAUACUGGAGCAGUGAUAUCAAACAUCAGCAGUACUUUUCUGGGCAGCUGUGCUGAUAAAGAUUCCCCUUAAUGCAAAGGGUUUGUAGAUCACAUUCAGUUGAUUUUAUUUCUCUUCACUCUUUUGAUUGCAAUGUCUCAAAAAAGCCACAACCAAAAACCAGCAAUUAUGGAGGAAGAAUGGAGCUCACCACAGGCCUACCAUGUUCUAGUAGCUCAUUAGUUGUGUAUCUGUUGAAAGCUUUUUUUCCUAUUAUUUUUAUUUUAUUUCGAUGCUUCUUCCUAUCUAGGGCUUAAAAUCUCAUGACGUCUUGAUCUUUAAGAAGAAAUAUAGUGUUCUUUUUACAUGAAUGUAUAACUCUUGUAAAAUAGCAGCAGCAAUAGGAUUCCAAAAACAAGUAUUUACCAAUCAAAGGAGCCUGAAGGGCACAGCAGAAAACCUUUCCCAGCAGAAAACCACAACAUCCUCUUAAUGUGCCCAGCUUUGCUGUGAGUGUUGCAUGUACAUCUUAUGAGAACAGCUGUGUUUGAGGUAUUUAUAUUUUAGGCAGUGUUUCUGACUAUGGAAUUGUGACUGGAGGCCAUGCUUUCUCAUGUGAUGGCAAGCAAUGCUCCUAAAUGGUUUGGAGGAAAAGGAAGAUGCCUUUCUUGCUGCCUGUUCUCUGGACUUUUGUACCAUUCUUCUGCAGCUGUUGGAUCUUCAGAAUGUUGGAUUGACUUACACGUUGUCUGGAUGCUUCAUGGUAGAACAAGCUUUCAAGCAGUAGGCAGCAAAUCACUCAGUACUGGGGACGUGGGUAAUUAGCAGAAAAAAUCUGGUGGUCAGGAAUGGUCAAGUGCAUCAAGCCUCUGCUUCAUCUGUUCCUUUUGGUUUUCCAAGAACAAGUAGGAUUUUGUCAGCUAUACUAAUGUCAUUGUUUGGAAAAAUUUAAGAGUGUGGAGGGAGAAAUCCUGCUUCUGUUUCACAGCACUUUUUUUUUUCUUUUUUUUUUUUGAGAAUGUAUUUCUAGCUGUCUCUGAAUAAGCAUAUUAGUAGUCAGUUUAUCUGGAAGUAUUUAAUCAGUGGUGGACAUUGUAACUUACAGGACUACUUCUAAUAGAAAAUGCAUGGUUCUUGUAUGACAUUAUUUUUCAUUAGCCAACAAAUCCUUGCCAGUGAGGGACACGUGCUAUGAUCAUCUUGAUUUGUAUGUCCCCUGCCUUGUCUAUUGUAAGUAGUAGUUUGGUUUUUUUUAUUCCCUAGUUACUCUUGGUUGCAUACUUGAGUUUAUUAGGCAGGUUUCUCAUAUUAUUGCAUGUACUGUAUUCUUUUUUACUUACGAUCAGUGUUUGAAUAUAAAAAUGGGACCAGGUUUUCUACUUUUCUAGUUAUGCUGUCUUGGUUUUGAAAGAGCUGGUCUCUAAAUCAGUCUGUACUGUCUGGUUUGGUUUUAUUUUGUUUUCAAGUGUUAAAUCUUUCUUACCUGAGGAUCUUCCUUCCAAUGGCAACAGUUGAAAUAUUGAAGUGAAGAACUCAGAAAUAUAUACAUACCCUAUUCCUAAAAGUCUGUUAUUGCUGGGUUUUGACUAUUCACUCUGAACUGGUCUUAUGACUUUGAGAUGUUUUCAGACUGAUUUCACUGAGGUCUUCAGGUUAUGAAGAUAACUUUAGGACAACUGUUCAGGAAGUUCUCUAGCUGACAAAACAUCAUCUGCACUGUUACAGAACUUUCCUUUCCCACAGUUGUGCUGAUGGUUCAGUUUGUGUGUUGCUGUGUUUCAUUAUCUCAGUUGUUACCCAGUUGUACAGUAAAACUAAGUUUGUUGGUUUCUUAUUCCACUAUUUGAAUCCAAUAGAUGAAUUCUGGGAAGCUCAUGGAAAUCACCUUGUCUCUGGGUGUUUUGGUAGCUUGCCAGUGUGAAAUGAGUUGAUGCUGUUACACUCCAAGUUCCUAGUGAGCUGUUGUUGAGGAUUGUUACUGAUGCCUUACUUAAAAGGUCAAAAAUUUGCAGAGGCAUCUGAUCUCUGAGUCUAUUCAGAACAAAAAUGAGAUGCACACAGCAGGAAGCAACAUCAGGAGAAGGUUCCCUUGCUGUUGCAUAUGUCUUUGGAAGAGUAUUGGUUUUCUGGUGGUGAUUUUGAAGAGUAGUCACUAGUCAGGGAUGUGCAAGGUGUACAGGCAGUAUUCCAGGCAGUAUUUAAACCCAGUAAAACCAAGCAGAAAUACAGUGUGGCUCAGUGGUCUGCAAAAGCUGAACAGCAUAGAUACCAAGUGUUUGUAUUUAGGGGUAAACUUCUGAGGCAGUGCAUGAAGAUUUGACAUUCAUGCAUUGACUUAGUAAGAGACUGACCUGUAAAUGCAAAUAAAACCUUGUGAGACUAUUUUAUAACUUCAAGGUCAUGCACAUAAAUGCAAGGAGUUUCUUAUGUGUGGUUCUCAGUCCAUGUGAUGUAAACCAAACCACUAAAGUGCAUUUUGCAGAAUAUUCCUCCCAUCUUUCUACUUGUAUGCAUGGUUUUCUAGUGAAACUUCUGGUUACUUGUUUAAAAUGCUCUACUGUUUCUGUUAAACAGGCAAAAAAAUGGAGCACUACACCUCUAGCCAUCAAAGCUGCACAGUGUUUCAGCUUUACCUCUACUCCUGUAUAGGUAGUGUUAUCAUCCAGUGUUAUCAGGUUGUUUGUUGUGUGGUUUGUUUUUUGGUUUUUUUUUUCACCAGCUCUGUAAGCAAUAAAGCAAAACUUUUUUUUGUUGCCCUUUAGGUAUCUUCUGUGAGAGACUCUCCUCUUUCCCUUAGUCUUUGUAAACAUGGUAAGAUAUUUUGGCAGAAAGGGUAACUUGUUUUUUUUUUUUCUUCCUUAAGACAUCAGGAAUGAAUGAAUGAAUGGGCUCAAAUUUGACAGAGUUGUAUUUUCAGUCAUGCUUAACUGAGAAAUGGAAAAUUAACCAAUUUCAUGACAUUGUCUGGCUGGUUAAGUGACUAUUCCCUUAAGUGCCAUGUUAGAAAUUGGCAAUAUGCGGUACAAGAAAUUGGAAUCACAAAGCAUAAGUGAUGUUAUUUUUAUAAAGAUUGAUGUAAAGAAUAAAUAAAUUGUUUAUUACUUUGCA